AUGGACCUUUUUGAGCUUGGAAAACAACACUUUAUUCUGCUCGUAGACCACUGGAGUGGAUUCUUCGAGGUCCAAGAACUUACGAGAACUACCGCUGAUAAAGUCAUAGUAGCCUGCAAAGUCCAGUUUGCACGACAUGGAAUCCCAGAUACAGUGAUAACAGACAACGGACCUCAGUUUUCUGCCACAGAAUUUUCAGCAUUUGCAAGAGAUUGGCAGUUUAAGCAUCUAACUUCAAGCCCUCGUUACCCACAAUCUAAUGGCAGAGCAGAGAAUGCGGUCAAGACUUGCAAAAUGCUGAUGACAAAAGCCAAAGCUGCUGGCCAAGACCCAUUGUUAGCAUUUUUAGACUGGAGAAACACCCCCACAGAAGGUCUGGGAUCAUCACCUGCCCAAAGGUUGAUGGGGCGACGUACGCGAACACUGUUACCGACUCACAAAAAUCUCCUUAAACAACCAAUCAACGAAGGCACUAGAGAUAAACUGGCUGCUCGGAAAUCACGACAAAUUUGCCAUUAUAACAAGACGCACCAUUCUCUUAAGCCAUUAAAAAAAGGUCAAGCUAUACGAAUGAAAUUACCAAAUGCAACAAAAUGGACCCUUGGAACGUGUACCAGGGUUUUGGAUAACAGAUCGUACGAAGUAGAGGUGAGUGGAAGGAAAUACCGACGAAACCGCCGACAACUCCGAGCAUCGCAAGAAAGACCUCCAACACCACCAGCUGGUAUGGAUCCUGAGAUUGGACCUGAGCAAAGCAGUAGGGAACCCGAGAACAGUUCGAUUGUGAAUGAACCCAAUCUCGAACACGUACCACUAUUAGACGGUGAAACCUCCUCUGAGACCAUUGGAAAUCUACCACGCCGAUCUGCGCGUACAAAAUAUACACCGGUGUGGCACAAGGACUAUGUCAUGAAGUGA